GUCAAAGUCCUCGAAAGCCGCUCCAUCCUGGGCGGCCGGGCACGAAGUUGGGUUGAUGGCGUCACGCGCGAUCCAGUCCACAUCGGUCCUCAUGUUGUGGUUUCGGAAUAUCCCAACUUCUUCAAACUGCUGGCAAAGUUGAAGACUCUCGACAAGAUCGUUUGGCAGCCUUGGCGUCACUUUGUUACCUUUGUGCGAGGGGAGGAAGACUACCACAUCAGGACCAGGACGCUGCCCGCCCCGGCGUCCUGGGGGCCGGCAUCCAUCUUGGAUCCGUUUGUGACCUGGGCAGACAAGCACUCAACAGUUCCAGCCGCUGUGCACUGCUUGAGCCUUGAGGAAGACGAACUAAUGAAGUUGGAUGAUCAGUCUGGCGCUGAGUUUCUCCGAGGCCUUGGCGUCUCUGAGGACUACAUUCGGCACUUCUGGGGGUUUCUAUCGCAUGCUAUCCUCAACGUUCCCGUGGAGGAGGUGUCCGCCACUGCGCUUGUGC